AUGGGUCUAGGGGGCAGUAAACGGAGCGAUAAUUCUGGCAGAGAUCGAAUUGCUGUCCAAAAAAAAUGUAAAGUUACACCGCGUGCUGCUUGUCAGAAUAUUCUCAAGAUUCCGAAGUUUUUGCCGGAUUACUUCUUUGUUACUAAAACCAUGAGUUCGUUGUUCGUUGAUGAAGAUGGUGAUGUGGCGCAUGAAUUUUAUUACGAAACUUUUGAUGAAAACAAUUCGUCGCGACUUGUAAAGAAAGUAGACAAUUUGAGGCCCUUGGGUCCGAUUGAAUACGCGAUACCGCGUCUUCGUGCAGAUUCGCCUUUUGUGAUUUGGGAGGCAAGAAGCCGAUAA